AUGACCAUGUCACUACGAAAAACCUCAGCCCACCAGCAUAGUGGGCCCGGAUAUAAUUCAGCAAUGGGCAACCUGAUGCAGCAGAUGGGGGAUCUUAGCCUUCAGCCAGCCAGAAACGACUACAUCAUUAGCCAACCCAACCCGAACUUCUAUUCAGCACCACCACGUAACUUCCGCAGCAUGAGCUUCGACACUCAGCCCUUGAUUGGAAUGUCCAAUGAGCGCUCUUAUUUAGUCGAGAACCUCCGCCGGCAACAUCAACGGGGUGAAAGGCUCUCUCAUGCCCUCUACAUCGUGGAAACACAGCUCCCGUCUGCAGAGAGCAAGGGCGAGGCCAGGAAACUACGAAAAGAAGCUGGACUGCUCAAGAGCAAGAUCGCAGAGUCCCGCAAGCAGGAGCAACUCAUCACAAUGAGAUUGAACGACCUACAGAACGAAGACCUCAAACACUUCUACCAGGCCCAGCAGACAAGUUUCUUUCCAUAUCCAUAUCCACCUUCACAGACUUGGGGCCAGCUUCCAGUACCAUCGAUGACGCCUUUAACACCAAUAUCGCCUCUCACGCCCUUGCCUGCUAGCAUCUAUAGCCCAGCGUCAAUCCCGCCAAGUCCCUUGGAUUCGCCCUUGCCUUUCAGCCCGACGUACUCGGUCGUGACUCCUGUCGUGCCGUACGAGGAGGGAUCUCAUAUUAUAGGUGACGAUCAGGCGGUGUCUGUGCCAGAGACAACUGAUCGUGACUCUCCAGUCAAGCUGGAAGAGUUCAGGAGGCCCAGCCUGCUGGCUGAACCGGUUCGAAGGUGGUCACUUGCUGACGCAUUCUCCCCUUCGCCAAAAGACAAGAGAAUGAGCAUGCCUGGGCUGAAAACCAUCUGGCACUUCCCAUGA